GUAACACAGCCUGAUAACGGGUCAUCACAACAUGCGCAAAGCAGAUGUCCGAUUCGAUCCGUUCUCUUCUCUUUCGGCCGGGACUGGAAGCAACUACCGAACCAGAGCAUGGCGGUGGUCUCGUCGCAACGCCGAUCUAUUAUCUCAUUACUCUCUUUGUUUCCCGGACAUCCCGGUCGCUGCGUUCGACGCACCUGAAUCGAUCCGAGAACAGCCUGUCGGGCUAGCAACGUUUUUGUCCCCGGCCCACCUCACCCCAUGCAGUUGACGAUGGUUGUCGUCGUCCCUUACCUGCCGGCUAGUGACGUUUCCUUCACUGCAGAGCUACAGGCCCCGCACGCAGCACCCUUCUGAUGUGUGUUGUUCUUGCAGCGGCUUGUGUGAAUGAUGCGGUCGAAGGGAUGGUAACCGUUUCCAGCUCAGGCGGCCUAUGAAGGGCGGUCGCAGUGCCCUUGUUUUCUAUCCUGCUCUCUCUCGCUCUCAGUCCUGCGCUAUAUAUUUCUAUUAUUCCACCGUCGCUCCUUCCAUCCCGUCCCAUGCGUUCCUCGAUGCCCCGUCCUCGAUCGCUCCAGCUCUCUUCCAGAGCGUGCGUACAUGCGUCGUGCAGACCGCAAACACGCAGCUCACCGAUAUCUUUCUUUUGCAGUCCCCCUUUCGCCAAGAAGCCCCACCGCGUCACCCAAAUGCUCAUCGUCAGAAGGGCGGCACGGACGAAUCAGCAUCGCUUCACACGGCUCACUACCCGGAAAGUCGCGCGCGCGACGACGGCCCCAAUGCACCCCUUACGGAGACGGCGACAGGCCGCCUCCCCCCGCCCGCCAUCGCGCCGGCGUUUCCGCGCAGAGACGAUCACCGCAGCGUCCCUGUCGCCCAUCCUGCUCCCGCAAAUCCCCGUGCUGCCGAGUCUCUCGCCCACGCAGUCCGAGCCGGACUCGGGCUACUGCUCCGAGUCCUCGGUACCGCCGUCCCCCAGCCGACGGCGCUACAUCAGGCCGGUCUCCGUCGCGCUCGACGGCGACCUCGCCGCUGUCGCUGUCCGUCUCUCAGCGCUACCUUCCAUCCAUGUGCUGUCUCCAUUGGAUGACGAUACCCUCUUGUGUUACUACUAGCCUAUUACUUAUCUCUAUCUGUGUAACUGUAGCCCGAGAGCAGCAGCAUCUGCCCGGACGCCCACGGGUCGUGCUGUGAACUCAUCCAUCUAUGUAUCCUUGCCUACAAAUUCUAAUCAGAGCCGUGAAAUUGUGCUGC